GGAAAAAGAGCCAAGGGGUCAGUCCAUAACCUGGUCGGAGGGUCAGUACUGAGGGAGUGCUACAGUGUCCGAGGGUCAGCAGCGAGGGAGCGCCACAGUGUCCGAGGGUCAGCAGCGAGGGAGCGCCACAGUGUCCGAGGGUCAGCAGCGAGGGAGUGCCACAGUGUCCGAGGGUCAGCAGCGAGGGAGCGCCUCAGUGUCCGAGGUUUUUUCAGAGACUCUGUCCACACCAGCUGCACCUGGGAACAUUGAUUGUUUUUUGCUGAGGUUUGGCACGAGCCGUGCCUCUAUCCGUCGAAAUACCAGAGCUCUGCCAGGCUCAUAUGGUUGACAACGAUGGCGACCGAAGAUAAAAAAUCUGAGUCAGAGUGCACGAAAGCACAGUCGACACCUUCCUCCUCCAAUCAAAAUAAGCCUUCUGCGGUGAAACCGAACUACACCUUGAAGUUCACGCUGGCCGGACACACAAAGGCUGUGUCAUCUGUGAAGUUCAGUCCAAAUGGAGAAUGGCUGGCAAGUUCCUCUGCUGAUAAAUUGAUUAAAAUAUGGGGUGCUUACGAUGGCAAGUUUGAGAAGACCAUAUUAGGACACAAACUGGGGAUCUCCGACGUUGCCUGGUCCACGGAUUCGAACCUGCUGGUAUCAGCUUCAGAUGACAAAACCCUAAAAAUAUGGGACGUGAACUCGGGCAAAUGUUUGAAGACCCUGAAGGGUCACAGCAACUACGUUUUCUGCUGUAACUUCAACCCUCAGUCGAAUCUGAUUGUUUCUGGAUCGUUUGAUGAGAGUGUUAGGAUCUGGGAUGUGAAGACUGGGAAGUGCUUGAAGACCCUGCCAGCGCAUUCUGACCCUGUAUCUGCUGUACAUUUUAACAGAGAUGGAUCCCUCAUUGUCUCCAGUAGUUAUGAUGGGCUAUGCCGUAUUUGGGAUACUGCGUCAGGCCAGUGCCUCAAAACAUUGAUUGAUGAUGAUAAUCCUCCUGUGUCCUUCGUGAAAUUCUCCCCGAAUGGGAAAUACAUUCUGGCAGCAACACUUGACAACACUCUGAAACUUUGGGACUACAGUAAAGGAAAGUGUUUAAAGACAUACACAGGGCACAAGAAUGAGAAGUACUGCAUAUUCGCCAACUUCUCUGUUACAGGUGGCAAGUGGAUUGUCUCAGGAUCUGAGGACAACUUUGUAUACAUCUGGAACCUCCAGACAAAGGAGAUAGUGCAGAAAUUACAAGGACACACAGACGUUGUGAUCUCCACAGCCUGUCACCCAACAGAAAACAUCAUCGCAUCGGCAGCACUGGAGAAUGACAAGACAAUCAAACUGUGGAGGAGUGACUGUUAGAGAGCAGUGUCUCCACUUUGAGAAGUACACCCUGUUCCAACCUGCCCAACAUGGGGACAGGCCUCUCGAACUCCUAAUGUCUGAGAUUGUGCAGACUCUGCCUGAACCAGUGACACGGGAUUACAGACCCAGUGGGAGCAUCGGAACAAUUCCCGUUUUUACUGUGGAUUCAUAACACUUAGCAAAUUAUUGUACGCUUAAAAAAUACAUACACAGACAUGCACACACACGCUCGUGCAUACUCACACCUAACUAAAGUUUUUUUAAGUGACCAAAUCACUUGUGGCUUUCCCCCACCUCGAUUCUUGUGAAAACUCAUUUUUUUAAAAGCAGUUUUAGUUGUUGAUAAAAUGUUUUUGUAAACUUGAUGUUGAUGGUUGGCUGCAAGUUUAAAUUAGCCAGGGAACCAUCUUUGUCUUUUAAAUUUUUUUUGUGUAUCUCAUUGUCUCCAGAUCCCCUCUGCCCCCUGCCUCUUCUCCCACUGCAGUCCAGCUGUGGCCCCAGGUCAGUGACUGACUGUACUGACUGGCCACCGCCACUGACUCCUGUCACCUUCAGUGGUCCUACAAUAAGGUUCUGAUUCCCAAGCCCCUGCCCAACCUCAGAUCUAGUGUCACAUGGAGGAAGAUUCAGCCUGGUAAACAAAUGCUGUUGUGUCCAGAAUACUCACCUAGCACAGUUAACAGCACACCUGGUUACCCUGGGUGUGGCCUGUCGGUGAGCUGUUUCAGGAGUCAGUGCUACAGGCUGGUCAUGAUUAAACGUCCCAACUCAACCCACCAGCUGCUUCCAAACAAAACUGAACUCGUGCCCAGAAGGUGUGUUGGGUACGUCCCCACCUACUUUAGACAGCCAACAUGUCUGUGGAUUUAAACUGUCAAUGGGAGCACCUCUGAUUGUCACCAGGUCUGUCAGUGUGUUACAGGAGAUGAUUAAUCCUUGUAACCUUGGGCUCUUAUCAUCCUGAUUGUUUCAUGGAGGGGGUUGCACUGUCACCUGGCAUCAGACCUAUGGUUCUGGUCAUUCUGCUCUGAGCCCCAGUUUCAAACUAUGAGAAUAACUGAUUCAUGGUGAGUCAUAGCCAUGAUUGGCCUCAGUGCCACUGAGCUGAGGAUGGGAAAAUCGAAUUGGCCAAGGUUCCUGCUCCUGAGCAGAACCUUUAAUUCCUGGACAGUGGGAUCCAGGUUCCAAGGGACUGAAAAUACCCUUUCAAAUGAGCUGACAUCACAGACUAGCAGUGGAACAAGGGAUUUCCAGGUAUGUUCAGUUCAUUGAGCAAACUGCCUGAGCCACUGGGAGAUUUAUUGCAGUCUCUGAACUGAAGUUUGCAGGAAGAUACCGGGAGGUUAAAGGCUUGGCUGGAAAUUGGUGCUGAAAUGUGUUUUUCCCCCAAACUUUUUCCUGUGAUCUCAGUGCUGACAGCUUUUCCUGGACAUGCUUUGUACAGGGUCCCAUGACUGUGUGUAGCCAAUAUCUUUUAAUAUUUCCGUUUGUUUGAGUUGCUGACAGUACUGUGUAAUAAAUAGACACUGAGGAAAGAACUUCCCAUUGCCUGUGAAUAGUCAAGUAGUUGUGAUGAUCUCUCCUGGAGUCAAGACUUUCAGCUGUGUGAGGUUUAGGUGUAAUUUUCCCCUCGAUUCCUGGUUAAUACAAGAGGUUUGAACAUAA